CAUUUAACAUUAAUCUUCCUAUUAUUUGAUCAUGAAAGUAUGUUCUCAAAGAUUUAUUUCUGUCUCUAAUCCGUGGUAUCAUGUCUCCCUUAACAUAUUUCCUGUUGCUCUUUUCUUCUAGAAUCAUUUCCUUCUUUUACAGAGAAAAAAUGGCCAGCAAAUCCGAGAGUAAGGAACCAGUGAAUGAACAAGUGAUUGCAAAUAUGUAUGGAGCUAUGAGAUCUGAAUUAAACCAAAUCUAUUCUAAGAUCACCGAGUUGGAGAUGGAAGUGAGUGAGCAUUCACUAGUUAUAAAUGCCAUUCAGCCGCUUGACCCAUCAAGGCGGUGUUACCGGAUGAUCGGAGGUGUGCUGGUUGAGAGAACCAUCAAAGAGGUUCUCCCCGCUGUGCAGCGAAACAAAGAAGGGCUCGAGGAAGUAAUUGCUCGGCUUAACGAGACCCUGGAGAAGAAGAAAAAGGAAAUUGUUGAUUUCGAGACAAAAUACAAGAUUAGGAUCAAAAAGUCUGAUGGCGACGCAAAAGAUGAAAGCAGCAAGAAGGAAGGCUCAGCUCAAGGAGUUCUUGUUGGCCCUGCAAGUUCGAGUCAGUAAAAGAUAUAGUUUCAAUGUUUUCCGAGGGCUUGUCAAAGCGUGCCACAUUUGCUGGACUUGUCUGUGGUUGAAGCUACCUUGAAAAGUUGUUUGCUAACUUGUGGGAUUGACACUUUGGCUUCUUCACCAUGGAAUUGUAACCUAAUAAUUAGGUUUCACAAAGAAACGUGCCAUGAACAUGUUACGUCACGUAAUCCAUUCGGUUAGAUGUAACAAUUCAAAUUAGGUUACAAUCGAUUCGAUUAGAUGUACAAAUCAAUGGG